GAACUGAGUGAUGGUAGCCAUUCUCUAAAUGUUUCUUGAGUGAUUUAACUCGUAGAGGCAGUGGAAUAAUGGCUUCCUUUUCUCUUUAGCAGGAUUCAACCCUCUGGAGCAUGAACACCAAGCUGUUCGGUCCUGGGCUGUGCUAGCAGGCCCCUUCAAGGCAACAGCAAUGGCUGCGGCAGCAGCUUCUCACCUGAACCUGGAUGCCCUGCGGGAAGUCCUGGAAUGCCCCAUCUGCAUGGAGUCCUUCACAGAGGAGCAGCUGCGGCCCAAGCUCCUGCACUGUGGCCAUACCAUCUGCCGCCAGUGCCUGGAGAAGCUACUGGCCAGUAGCAUCAAUGGUGUCCGCUGUCCCUUUUGCAGCAAGAUUACCCGCAUAACCAGCCUGACCCAGCUGACGGACAACCUGACGGUGCUGAAGAUCAUUGACACGGCUGGGCUCAGUGAGGCCGUGGGGCUGCUCAUGUGCCGGUCGUGCGGGCGGCGGCUGCCCCGGCAGUUCUGCCGAAGCUGCAGCGUGGUGCUGUGUGAGCCCUGCCGGGAGGCGGACCACCAGCCUCCUGGCCACUGUACACUCCCUGUCAAAGAAGCAGCUGAGGAGCGGCGUCGGGACUUUGGAGAGAAGUUGGCCCGUCUGCGGGAGCUUAUGGGGGAGCUGCAGCGCCGGAAGGUAGCCUUGGAAGGAGUCUCCAAGGACCUUCAGGCGAGGUAUAAAGCAGUCCUCCAGGAGUACGGGCACGAAGAGCGCAGGGUCCAGGAGGAGCUGGCUCGCUCCCGGAAGUUCUUCACGGGCUCGUUGGCCGAGGUUGAGAAGUCUAACAGCCAGGUGGUAGAGGAGCAGAGUUACCUGCUCAACGUCGCCGAGGUGCAGGCCGUGUCUCGCUGUGACUACUUCUUGGCCAAGAUCAAACAGGCAGACGUAGCACUACUGGAAGAGACAGCCGACGAGGAGGAGCCGGCGCUCACUGCCAGCCUGCCCCGGGAGCUCACCCUGCAGGACGUGGAGCUCCUCAAGGUCGGCCACGUCGGCCCCCUCCAAAUCGGGCAGGCGGCUAGGAAGCCCCGGACAGUCAACAUGGAAGACUCCUGGGCCAUGGAGGCUGCAGCCUCUGCUGCCUCUUCCUCCGUUACAUUUAGAGAGAUGGACAUGAGCCCUGAGGAAGUGGCUGCUAGCCCUAGGGCCUCGCCUGCUAAGCAGCGGGGCUCUGACACAGCCGCCAGCAUCCAGCAGUGCCUCUUUCUCAAGAAGAUGGGGGCCAAAGGCAGCACUCCGGGCAUGUUCAACCUCCCAGUCAGUCUCUACGUGACCAGUCAAGGCGAAGUGCUGGUUGCUGACCGUGGCAACUACCGUAUACAAGUCUUUACCCGCAAAGGCUUUUUGAAGGAGAUCCGCCGCAGCCCCAGUGGCAUUGAUAGCUUUGUUCUGAGCUUCCUUGGGGCUGACUUGCCCAAUCUCACUCCUCUCUCAGUUGCCAUGAACUGCCAUGGGCUGAUUGGUGUGACUGACAGCUAUGACAACUCCCUCAAGGUAUACACCUUGGAUGGCCACUGCGUGGCCUGUCACAGGAGCCAGCUGAGCAAACCCUGGGGCAUCACAGCCCUUCCAUCUGGCCAAUUUGUGGUAACUGAUGUGGAAGGUGGAAAGCUCUGGUGCUUCACUGUUGACCGAGGAGCAGGGGUGGUCAAAUACAGCUGCCUCUGCAGUGCUGUGCGGCCCAAGUUUGUCACCUGUGACGCUGAAGGCACUGUCUACUUCACCCAGGGCUUGGGCCUCAAUCUGGAGAAUCGGCAGAAUGAGCACCACCUGGAGGGUGGCUUCUCCAUUGGCUCUGUGGGCCCCGACGGGCAGCUGGGUCGCCAGAUUAGCCACUUCUUCUCGGAGAACGAGGAUUUCCGCUGCAUUGCUGGCAUGUGUGUGGAUGCCCGUGGUGAUCUCAUCGUGGCUGACAGUAGUCGCAAAGAAAUUCUCCACUUUCCUAAGGGUGGGGGCUAUAGCGUCCUUAUUCGAGAGGGGCUCACCUGUCCAGUGGGCAUCGCCCUCACACCUAAGGGGCAGCUGCUGGUCUUGGACUGUUGGGAUCAUUGCAUCAAGGUUUACAGCUACCAUCUGAGAAGAUAUUCUACCCCUUAGGGGCUGGGAAAUAGCAGUUUCUUCUGCUCCCCAAGCAGCUUCCCUUCCCUGUUCCUUGGUUGUUGGUGGUACUAUAGUGUAGACUUGGCCUGUGUCCUGAUUUCAGCUGGCUAGCCUAGAAGUUUAGAAGCUCUGUCUUCUAGUGUUUUUCAUUUGCAUUAUCUCCUCACCUAGGUUUAGAGCUUUAACAGAUGCAUUACCCCAAACAGGACACAUGAUAUGAGAUUAGCUGAUGUUUCAUUAGAACUUAGGCACUUCUAAGGCUUCAGCAGAGAGCCUCUUUCCCCUGUAUUUGAAAUUUUCCCGUGUAUUGAACCCUUGUUGAUUUUCCUCUCUUUUGGCUUUGAUAACUCUGGUCCAUUAUUUCCUUCCUAUUAUAACAUGCUCCAUCUGUGACACUUCCUCUUCAACUCUGCUGCAUUUAGUUUGCAUGCACUUAGUGGGAUCUCCUCUACCUUUCAGUGACACUUCAGACAUCAUAUUCCUGUGGCAUGAUGUCUCAGGUCUGACCACCUUUACCAGUGUGAAAGACCAUUCAUUUAGUGCCACCGUGGGAGCUAUAUAGUCCCUUUGGGAAGCAGUACCUCUUGGCUCUGGGGGUUUUGUGCCAUCUUGGAUUGGUCUGUAAUUGCAGGUGUGACAGAGAAUGGAUUGACCCUCGUUGGUGUCGGAGGCUUUAGCCUGGAAAUCGCUUGCCUCUUAAAGGAGCAUGUGGAUUGGAAUUAUGCCAAAGCAUAGGAAGUUGCAAAUAAACAAAAAUAAAUGCUAAUAUAGUCAGCAAAACAUUCUUGAAUAGUCUCUAGAGCGCAUCAUUUUUCCUAUUACCUCUCUCCACUGACCUGUGCUAGGAGCUGUCUGUGGAACUGUACAACACGGGCCAGGGCCAACAAAGUGGGGAGGUGGACACAUCUCAUUUUCAUUGCUAAAGCAAAACUGUUUGGUCCUUAUUCUGUGUUUUCCUCAAGUCAGUGCAUAAUGUUUGGUUUGGGGAUUUAUUUCCAUCUCUCUAUCAAGCAUUAACUAAUUGAUAAUUGUCUUUUCAUCUCUGGUAUUCAUGUCUUUUAAUUAAAUAUGGAAUUUGGGAGGUGAGGGGAGGGAUAAGUUGUACCUUGCUGCUUUGCUUCCAUGUCUGACGCUGCAUUCUUUGAGAGUAGUACGAAUCUACCUACGUCAAAAUUCAGCAAAAAAGCACUAUUAUGUAAAGAUAAUCCAAAACUUACUUCCACAUACACGUGUACAGAAUCAGCCCCCAAGGUCUAUAGCCACCAACACCCUGUUCUAAACUCAGCCUCCACCAUCUGCUUUAUCCUUAUAAUUACAGUUCAACAAAGGAAGAAACUUGUGCUUUUAGGAAGCCCAGAAGUGGGUGAGGGACUUUGUGACAAGGUUCCUCAGGCUCUGGUGUUUACCAAGCAAUAUAUCUUGUGCUCUGGGUGCAGGGCUGAUGGCAAGCCAAAAAACUGUUACCUUGCUUUCACAGACGCAAAAUCUGCUAAGCCGAGCUACUCAAAUCGUUUUUUUUUGGUGGUGGUGUUGCUUUUUUGGCCUCUCUUGUGAUAGCUGCCAAAGGAUAGGAAAGGAGCUAAUUAAAAUGAUGUUGAACUGGUCUGUCUCGUGCUUUUCAUCUGGAGAAAGCCCCAUGUUCUGAUUAUGAAAUUGCAUCCGAUUUCUAAAGAUUGCAUAAUUGAGAGGAAAUUGAUCCAAUUAAAAGUGCAUCACAAAUGACUCCACUAGUUGUUACAGCCACUUCAUCUGUGGUAGCACCUGGAAGCAGGAGAUCUAUCUUUGCUGUCAGUGGGGGACUUGCUGAGGCAAUAAUGGUGACCGAGGCCUUUGGCACAAGGUUUGCAGCAGAGAUAUGGAUAUAACAUUGUGGGCUGGCUUGACAUAAACAAUGCCAGGAAACCUCCAGCUGCCUAUGCCUUUGCAAGGAAGUGCUGUCACUGUUGGCAUUCAGCAUUUAGGUCUAACCCAUCUCUGAACCACACUCAUGCCUUGGCCUUCAAAUGCAGCAGGUAUCUGCUGGCUCAGAAUGGAAAUAAAUGUGGUCUGAAUGUUUUUGUUCCUUUGAUGUGAAUAUUUUAGGCUGUGCUGAGUACAGUCAAUUUUUCAGUUAUCUACCAAGUUGACUAAAUUGCAGAGUAUAGCCUCAAGAAACUGAUUUGCUCAAUUAUAGCAGUUUUUUGUUUUUUUGUUGUUGUUUUCUCUUUUUAAGCAGUAAUACCUUUAUUCAGAUAAAGUCUUAAAUGCAAGUCAAUUAUGUAAUAAAUCAAAGUGCAGCUGCACUGGUUGAAGCAGGCUCGUGGGCCUGGAGAACAGGCUUAUCCCCUCACCUAACCUGUGUACAAUUGCAAAACUCGUGAAUCUAUGGAACACUUUCUGAAAACCACUAAACUACAACAUCGCUUAUCUUCCAGUUCCAUCUUAUUAGCCAUAUGGCCAUGGGCAAGUCACUUAACCCCUUCCUCUUCUGGAAAAUGAUGAAAGUGAUCCCUGUCUCCAUGACGGGUGUAAGAUGUGAGAUAAUAGAUGUUAAAAUACCCACUACAGUUCUUGGCAUACUCAAUCAGUGAGAGCUAUUAUCUUCUAUUGAGUUGUUCAAAAGAGUGGGGUUAGGUUGUCCAACCACUCUGAAUAAUACCUUCCAUCUUUCCUUUUGUUACAGGUUCCUAUUUGCCAAUCAAAACCUUUCUCAGGCAUUUCCUCCCACUAGCCAUAAGUCUUCAAAUAAAUCUGGUCACCUGUUCCUUUUUACUAUCACUCUACCUAUUUCAUGUUUCUAUUAUUAUAUAAUUUACUGUGUUGCAAUUAUUUGCCCAUAUAUUUGAGCUUUAUUGAGGGUUAGCUUUAAUCUCUAGCUAAGAGCACAUAGCAUGGUGCCUAAUAUACAGUAUGUCCUCAGUUAUUUAAUUGGCUGUUAUUUAUAUGACUUGGUGAUGGUAGGCCCUCCAGUAACACCCUCACAUUGGCUAAAAGAUAAAGGCAGACAAAUGACUUAUAGGUUCACUAACUCCCUGCUUUCCUUUAUCAUUUCUGAGUAAUUAUAUAGAAUUUAAGGUUUUGGAGCAAUGAUUCAUUCAAUAUUGAGUACCUACUGUGAGCCCAGUACUACGCCAGGUGUUCAGAAAAAUUUAAAAAAUGAUAAGUAAUAUUAAUGUGUCUACUUUCUCGUAAGUUAUUUUACAGUCUUUCUAAAGUAUUUGGAAUUGUAUUCCAUUGCCCUGGGCUUUCUCAAAAGCCAGGAAUAGGCACUGUGUGGAUGACUGUGAGGGUCCAUCCCAAUGUGCACUCCAGCCUGAGAUAAGUCCACAGACGGCCACUCCAUUAUUCCAAUCAGCAGGAUAAACUUGGCUUGAGUCUGUGUUCCUGUGGGUAAGACAAGUAAUGCUAAAAGUAGUUGUACUUUUACUCUAGUACUAAUUAAUGGCUUCUUAAAAGUGAAGUGCUACCAGCUCUAUAGGAGGGAAAUGGAAGGCAAAGUCUAGUAUGAAACUCACGGCUCUACCUUAUACCUGAUUAGGCUGCUGAUUUGCACUCAGGACGUGCAGCUCCUCAAAGGAUCACAAAACAAAUUACAGGUAAGAAACAGCAGAUGCCUGGAUGAAUUUUACAAACAGGCAGUGGUAAGGUAGGAGGGUGUUCAGCAAAAUACUUACACUCCAAAACUUUGGCUGUAUCUUGUCGAUAUCACUAAUAUUCAUGGUACUCUGACUAAGUCUGAAGAUAGGCAGCUCUGGGACUGGCAAUGCAUUCUAGUGGGAAAGCCACUGGGCUUGGUCUGGAUCUGAAUCACAGCUCUAACUCUACUAGCUAUGUGGCCUCAGAUGAUCACCUUACCUCUGCGUCGGUUUCCCUGUCUAUAAAAUAAGAAAGUUGGGUUAGAUCAUCACUAAAAUCCUUUCUAGCGCUAUGAUUUUAAUUAUUUUACCUAAUAGAAUUGUGGUUGAGUUUUCCCCCAAUGUUUUUGCAUAUUUUUGCUGUAAUUUUAUCGUGUUUACAUUAGAGUAGUAGAAAGAACCUGUACUUCCUAAUCAGCCCCACCUUGGUCCAACUGCUUACUCUACCCCAACUAUUGUGACCUUGGGCCACUUGCGAACUACUGCCACUCUGUUGAGCUACUGUUUCCUCAUCUUGUAAAAGGAAAUGACAGUUUAUGUUUUAAAGGGCUGUUGUGAGAAUUAAAAUAUACUAAUGGGAUAGUGUAUAUAAAAGGACCUAAUUCAGAAAA